ACAAGAGGACGGCUGGAGGAACCACGCAAGUACAACAUUACAGUACAUACAAGUACGAAGGGCACCUGUUGUGUGAAGAUCUGAACGCACGUCCAACGAACAGAAUGCUAGAGACACAUUGGCUUAGAGACGCUAGAAACUGUCUCUUGCUAUUGCUUGUUACCAGUACUCUAAGCAACCUUCCAUACGCAGAAACGACAAAGAAAUGUAACACCAAGGCUGCGAUACCUGAAAUAGAGAUCCCCUCGAGUCCACCAGGUCGCACACUAUUUGUAGGAGAAGCUCUUAAUUUGACUUGUAUAGCGUGGCCAAGGUCCGAGGACGUGCUAUUUCCUAGGAGAAGGAUCAAGUAUAUUCAGUGGUAUGAUCCUCAGAAUAGCCCAGUUGGAGUCAAAUGCAUAAAUCCUCAACUACUAAAAGAACUUCGUUGUACAUUAAUGCUCAAGGGCUUGACUUUAGCACAGUUUGGAAAUUACACUUGUCAGGCAGAAAAUGAUUAUGUUGGAUAUUGCCGGCGAAAAACUGUCGAAAUUGGACAAGCUUUCCUGGCACCGAAGACUGUCGAGGAUCCAAAGAACCAAACCGUCGUUGCUGGUUUCAACGUAACUUUAAACUGCACCGCCGAAGGUUCUCCCAUGCCAUCCAUCAAAUGGAUAAAGAACAACGAUUCGCUCGCUGUACAGUCCAACCCAAGAAUAAAAUACAUUAAGACUGUUCUGGACUACAAACAAAUUCAUAGCCAACUGGUAAUAGAAGAUGCAAAGAAGAAAGAUGAAGGAAAAUAUCACUGCGUUGCAAAUAAUACUGUGGGAGAAAAAGCAUCCGACCCGGCUUUCUUGUCCAUAGAGGAUUUAGGUGAGACUUAUGCUACUGUCGAGGAUCCAAAGAACCAAACCGUCGUUGCUGGUUUCAACGUAACUUUAAACUGCACUUCCAAAGGUUCUCCCAUGCCAUCCAUCACAUGGAUAAAAAACAACGAUCCACUUGCUAUACAGUCCAACCCAAGAAUAAAAUACAUUAAGACUGCCCUGGACGACAAACAAAUUCAUAGCCAACUGGUAAUAGAAGAUGCAAAGAAAGAAGAUAAAGGAAAAUAUCACUGCGUUGCAAAUAAUACUGUGGGAGAAAAAGCAUCCGACCCGGCUUUCUUGUCCAUAGAGGAUUUAGCUUUCCUAGCACCGGAGACUGUCGAGGAUCCAAAGAACCAAACCGUCGUUGCUGGUUUCAACGUAACUUUAAACUGCACCGCCAAAGGUUCUCCCAUGCCAUCCAUCACAUGGAUAAAAAACAACGAUCCACUUGCUAUACAGUCCAACCCAAGAAUAAAAUACAUUAAGACUGCCCUGGACGACAAACAAAUUCAUAGCCAACUGGUAAUAGAAGAUGCAAAGAAAGAAGAUAAAGGAAAAUAUCACUGCGUUGCAAAUAAUACUGUGGGAGAAAAAGCAUCCGACCCGGCUUUCUUGUCCAUAGAGGAUUUAGAAACUUUGGCAAAAGGGAAAAACUGUGCUGAGCUGAACACAUCUGGUAAAACAACAAGCGGCGUUUACACAAUCGACCCUGACGGUCUCGGUGCCUAAGUCUUCUGUGACCAAACGACAGCCGGUCGGGAGUGGACAGUGUUUAAGAGGAGACUGGAUGACUCGGUUGACUUCUAUCGCGGCUGGACCGAUUACAAGAAUGGCUUUGGUAAUCUGUAUGGUGAGUUUUGGCUGGGACUGGACAAGAUACACCGUCUUACAAAAACAAUAAAGAACAAGCUCCGUGUAGAUCUGAUGGACACCAAAAGUAAAACUGCUUACGCCGAAUACAACUUUGCUGUUUCCAGUGAGAAGAAUAAAUACAAGCUGAGCGUUGGAACUUACUCAGGAACUGCGGGCGAUUCUCUUUCUAUUCAUCGUGGCCAGACCUUAGCAACCAAAGACAAGGACAGAAAUCGCUGUGCUGUGAUCUACAAAGGAGCCUGGUAUUACGAUGGCUGUCAUCGCUCCGACCUGAAUGGACUGUACCAUCACGGAGCGCACUCAUCUUAUAUGCCGACGGAAUCAACUGGCAUGGCUGAAAACCAUAUCACUACUUCGUCAAGAAAGCUGGGAUGA